CUACUAUAUAACAAAUAAUUUGAGGAGUAUUUUAUGUGAAUCAGACAUUCCAAUUAUAUCAACAUUUAAUGGAGAAGAAAUGAGAAGCAGUUAUAAUAUUGGUCUGGUGAAAUGAGGAGUGAGCCGCUCCAUAGCUUCACAGAACAUGGGUGGCAAGUUUCAAGUGCUCAGUUCAGUGACUGUUCUACUUACCUUGCAACAGGAGGUUGGGACAAAAGCGCAGUGGUAUACAACGUUUUAGAUUUGAAACCAUUAUUCAGAUUAUCCGUGGCACACACCUUGCCUAUAACUUGUGUGCGAUGGCUUGACAGAGACCUUGUGACUUGUUCUGCUGACAGAUCUGCUGCAUUGUGGGAUACCAGCAAUGGUCAAAGAGCGACCUUGUUCAGUGGUCACACAGGAUGGGUGAUGUCAUGUGAUACAACAGACAACAAUAUCACAACCACAAGUUGGGACGGAACUUUAGGACUUUGGGAUGCCACCAGAUCCUCACCUGUUAACCUUAUGUCAGGACACGUAGCAGGAGUGUGGGACUGUGCGACUCUUAAAUCAUCUCAAGUCAUUGCCAGCGCUAGCGAAGAUUGUACACUGAGAUUAUGGGAUAGGAGGACAGCCAGCAGUUUCUCGACCCUAGCAGGAGGCCACGACGACUCUGUGCUGAGUGUGUGUUGGCCGGCAGACAGGGAGUUUGUACUUGCAUCUGGAUCUACUGACUGCAGUAUCAUACUGUGGGACACGAGGACGUGUAAAGCGCUGACAAAAGUAGAGUCUCACACGGACAGCGUGAAGGAGCUGGUACCCCUACCCCACCAACCUGGCAUCAUGGCCAGCAUCGGAGAUAACUCACUCAAGAUAUGGGACACCUCAGACUCCACCAACAUUAAACUCCUCGGUUCCCGCGCCUUCCCCACCGACCUGGAGUGCAUCGCCGUCAGUCCGGACCGACUGACCCACGUGUGUGGUGGCGUCAACGCAACCACUUACAUGUCUCUUUUUGUCGGCGUGGACGACGACGCCCAUUCUGACCUCUCCUCAAAGUACAAAGCAACUAUAAAUCGAAUCAACGAAGAAGAAUCCAACAAGAUAGUCGGCUUCUCUCGACCCUCCCACCCCACCAAACACUCAGACCUCCCCUCUCAGUACAUACCACGUGAUCAGGGUAGCCCGUCACGUGUCACGACGCAUAGUGUGACGUCACCAAGUAGCGUGUCGUCAUCAUCACACGUUGCCAUGACGUCGUCAGGUGAUGGGGAGCUGUGCUCGGUAACUUCACCAGUCAGCGUGUCGCCAGUCAGUGUGGAGGGUUGUAAACGAGAGAGCAGUUGCUCAGACAGCGGGGUCGAUGUGACUAGUUUGUCUACUUGUUAACUAUUUGGGAACAGCUUUUUUUCAAGAUUUUUCGUCCGAUUUGAUAAUCAUAAUCAGUUGACUGAUGAUAGUUGAUGUACGCGAACUUUUUACGAUAAGACGGAUUUUUUUUCUUGAACGAUUGACUGACAUUCCCAUAAACUCUUUGUACAUCUUCCAUUUGUUACCAGAUGGAUGAUUUUGAAUUUUUUAUGAUUUUGAAAGAUUUAACACUUUAAAAUAGGCAUUAUUUGGUUGUUAUAUUAAUGAUUUGUUUAACAAAUAAAGACAUUUGUAUUGCAUAUUAUCAGAUGUUUGGGCACUUUGUCUACUGAAAUUGCUAGAUUUUUGAUUGGUUUGCAAAAAAACGUACAUGAUUAUUGAUCACAAAAAAUGUCAAAACAGUGUUAGGGGUCGUUCACAUAUUACGUAAUCAUUUUUUGGAACAUUUUAACCCCCCCCCCCCCCUCUGUAAUCAGUUUUACACGUAGCUAUUGUGUCAAAACUUCACUAGCGUAAUCAUUUGGACCCCCCCCCUGGCCCAGCUGAUUACGUAAUAUGUGAACGACUCCUUAUUUGCUUUAAUUUGUGAGUCAGAGGCAGCAAUCUGUCAGAAGAUUUGAUUUUAUUUUAAAACGAUUGCCCUUUUCUAAUUUAACCCUGAGUUUCCAAUGUUUUGAUCAUUACUUGAUUUCGAAAUUUAAUCUUAGAAUAUUUUUACACAAAAGUACAGGGUAGUUCAUUUUGCGAAAAUUCCUGUUUUUGUGGUACAGAGAUAAAAGUAUGGUAGAACAAGUUUCAUUUACCAUAUUAAGUUAAAACAGUGAGGUGGCUUAAAGUUUUCACAAUUCAAUUGUUUCCUUUGUGUACAAAGUAAAGUGUAUUCAUUUCAAAUUAUUAUGUUUACUACAAUUG